CGAUCAGAUAGCAGAUGUAUCCUGUGUAUAAGCCAAACGGUCCGUGUGAUUCAGUAGUCUGAAACUUUUGGGGCGUGCGUGUGUAAUACACGGAUUUUAAAACAUUUGCCUUCGUUUUCUAACUUCAGCUCGCACAAUGGUGUGGUCAUAUGCAGCUGUGUUGCUUUUCGCGUUCUUCGCAGUGCUGGCGGGUCAAGAGUUGACAAAUACGACUGUAUUACCGAGCACCAUAGCGCCGACUGUAAAGCCAACAGUAUCUCCCAAUACUACCACUACUUCUACCACCACUUCUGCUCCUACUACGACCACCACAUUGGCACCUUCCACGACCCCCGCUCCAACUGGACCACCCAAGAACACGUACAACGUCACCUUUGCAAACGGAACAGCCUGCAUCCUCAUGGAGGCUGCAAUGCAGCUAAAGAUUUCCUACCUUUCUCAUAACAAGACCAGGGAAGCCAUAGUGCCUCUUGACAAGUCUGCUUCGGUCAACAGUGCCUUGAGCACGUGCCAGGGGCAAAACAACACCCAGGUUCUCGCUAUCACUUUUGCGGAACACGAUUCAGUUACCUUCGUGUUCAAGAAGAACAGCACAGUCUUCAUUUCCGAAAUCGGCGUGAACUUCACGGAGGACUCUAAAUACUUUCCAGAAUCGGAUCAGCCCGAUCACCAUGGAGUAGUGAACAAUGGACAGCUCUUCCUGUUCAGUGUUCUCCCCGGCAAGUCUUACCUGUGCAACCGGGAUGGGCCAGUCACUGUUUCAGAUGGUGUUACCCUGGACCUCCUCUCUGUUCAACUCCAGGCCUUCCGCACCAAUGACACGAGCGACCCUGGACAAUUUGGCGCAGCCACGGAAUGUUCUUCUGGCGAUAUCAGCAACAUAAUCCCCAUUGCUGUCGGAGUUUGUCUGGCCGCCCUUGUGCUGAUUGUGCUGAUUGCCUACAUGAUCGGCCGUCGCCGCAGCCGUCAGAAGGGUUACCAGUCCGUUUAAAUCUGCCUGUGGUUAAGCGGGCAAGAGCAGAUUGGAUUUCGGGCACAGCGGCCUUGGGACGUGGGAGGCGCCGUUGUGCAUACUUUCGUUCCAACCAUCCCAAACCAAUAGGACUUCGCUAGUGACUCCCGACAGAGCUUAGUUUAUAUUUUCUACCAGGUUGGCCUUGAACUGAAGUCUGGAGAAGAGCAUUGCCGAUAUUCUGCACAACUUGUACAGUUCACUUUAGGUUUGUUUCUUACUUAGCGUAGCUCUAACUAAACCACAUUUGGUUGAAUGUGAGAAUUUUUAGGCGAGGAUCAUGGCACCUUCUGGUGCCGCUUAAGCGGGCAGAGUUCAGAGAGCUGUACAUUGGGGUUAGAGCUUUCAUCGUACAUUUUUAAAGGAAGUUUUCGUUGUUCAGUGAUUCUAAAUGGGUUCUACUAAUGUUUUGUUGUGUUUAACUGGUUUGACUGCUGCCACCCCCUUUUUUUGUAGAGCUGUGAAUGGUGAACUGGGCAUGGAAUCUGGGGAGGGUUGUGAGCUGUUUUUAUUGUAACUUAAAAUAAAUGAAACCUGUAAUUUUGA